GGUUUCAUUUGAGUGGACCAGCAGUGCUGACCUGCCAGAAAUCUGGACAAUGGAGAAAUGAUAACAGCAUCGCGCAGAGCACCACGGCAGCAAAGCCCAAAUGCACAGAAUGCAAUCACACUUCAAAUGAUAAUAUUGUCGCCGUCUCCCCGGAAGGCAUGGUGACCUGUAAGCCUGGGUAUGAGUACCGGGAUCCUCAGCCUGUCUGUACUGGAGUUCACACGAUUUCAUCCUGCACACAAUGCAAUUACAAUGGCAGUGCAAUUGAUCAUAUCGCCUCCAUCUCGCAGAACGGCUCGGUGACAUGUAUGUAUGGAUACAACUACACCGGUCCUCAGCCUGUCUGCACCGGGACUCACAGGACACUGCCAUGCAAGCGAAUAACGUGUGAGGAUUAUCCGAGGGUACCUCAUGCCGGCUUUGCAGUGCCAGCUCCGUAUGUGGGAGAGACUAUCAACUAUCAGUGUGUUCCCGGGCAUGUGCAAUUCGGCGCAAUCACCGUUUCAUGUCAGGAAAACGGUCAUUGGCAAAGGCCCGGCUUUUGCAAAAAAAUCCCACUGUCCGGCUACCGGUACUGCGCAAAGCUGAACAUGGUCAUACGGUCGAACAACGAGACUCGCUUCAACCAUUCCUGGGCACUAUCCAUCUGCAGGUACACCGUGGGGCACAUCAUGCGCACGGAAACAUUCAAGGACCAGUGCGCUCGAAUUGCUAAGCCGGCAGUCGCUAACUACACGGCGUGGCGUAUCUCCGGGCACAACGGCACCUACGACACGUCCACGCAGAGCGACGAGGGCAUUGACGCGGUGUCGCCGAGCGCUCUGCGACACGUCAUGUGCGAAAUACAAUGCAAUCGUAGUGCAAAUGAUAGCAUUGCAAACGUGUCCACGGAAGGCAUGGUAACCUGUAAGCUUGGGUACGAGUACAAGGGUAAUCAGCCUGUCUGCAUUGGGAAUAACACGAUAUUGCCAUGCACAGCGUGUAAGCCUCGCCCUGGUGAUCACAUCAGAGCUAUAAACAAUGAAGGUUAUGUUACGUGCCAUUCUGGCUAUGAAUACUUGGAUGGUCAGCCGGCUUGCACUGGAACUAAUACACUUGGAACCUGUACAGCCAUAACGACACCAAGACCGAUAGUGCCAAUCCCUAAGGGACCAGAGACAGCUGCACAAGCUACCACACAGACUCCCACAACUGAAGAAGCAACAACACAACCUCUCACAACUGAGGAAGCCACCACACAGCCUCCCACAACUGAGGAAGAAACAACACAGCCUCCCGCAACUGAGGAAACAACCACACAGCCUCCCACAACUGAGGAAGCAACAACACAGCCUCCCACAACUGAGGAAGCAACCACACAACCUCCUACAACUGAAGAAGAAACCACACAGCCGGCCGCAACUGAGGAAACAACCACACAGCCUCCCACAACUGAGGAAGCAACUACACAACCUCCCACAACUGAGGAAGCAACAACACAGCCUCCCACAACUGAGGAAGCAACAACACAGCCUCCCACAACUGAGGAAGCAACAACACAGCCUCCCACAACUGAGGAGACAACCACACAACCUCCCACAACUGAGGAAGCAACAAUUCAACCUCCCACAACUGAGGAAGCAACCACCCAACCUCCCACAACUGAGGAAGCAACCACCCAACCUGCCACAACAGAGGAAUCAACAACACAGCCUCCCACAACUGAGGAAGCAAUCACCAUACCAGUUGUUAUAGUGUAUUCUGAGUCGGUAGAGACACCAGCAGCGAAUAACACCAAAAACACUACCGGCGGUCUCAAGAAUAAGAACAAAGGUCCCGACAGGAUAGUCGUGGACAUGCCGGGUGAUCACAUUGCUACAGAGCCAACUAUUGAUGCUGCUACAACAGCUCAGGGAGGUAGUUCAGUGCCAGUCACCACUUCACCCUCCGACUCUAGCACCACUCCCACCGAGACGGGCAUAAAGAGAGAGUCCACAACGACAGAAGCAACAACCGAAUCGGCAACUUCAACUGCUGCUCCAACAGACACACCAACCACCACUCCAACCACCACACCAACCACUACUCCAACCACCACACCAACCACUACUCCGACCACUACUCCGACCACAAGUCCAACCACAACUCCGACCACCACACCAACCACAACUCCGACCACCACACCAACCACAACUCCGACCACCACACCAACCACCACACCGACCACAACUCCGACCACCACACCAACCACAACUCCGACCACUACACCGACCACAACUCCAGCAAUCACUACAACCAGCAUUCCCACCACCACUCAAACCGACUCUCCAACAACUACCACAACCGGCACUCAAGCAGCCACUGAAGCCGCCACUACCACGACUGCUCCGCCCACCACAUCCACAACCACAACAACCAGAAACGAUCUGAACCCAACCAAUCAGACCUCCGAGACAAGUGUCGCCGGUACCCAAGGAAACAAUUCGGCCGUCACAACUCCCAGCGCCGCCGAUCCCGGAGACGCCAGCGAUCCGACGACGACCGGUGCCGACAGCGACUUCGCCCACAACUUUGGCAUAACGGCCAACGCUCCCAACGGCUCGAACGACACAUUUGUAUUUGCGGCUGCCGGUGCCGGUGGUGGUGGUGCAGGUGGUGGUGGUGGCGGAGGAGGCAAGAGUGGCAAUAGCGGUGGAUUCAACCUUGGGUUUAUCAUCGCACCCAUCAUCCUGGCGGCUUGCAUGUUUCUAGCUUUCGCCGGCCUUCUGGUCCGUCGUCGACGCAGGAAGCCCAAAGGGACCAUUGUGAUGAUGGUCAACGACACUGAUAAGAUUGUCGAGGCGUCCGCGUCGUGGUACGGGAUUAAUGAACAGGCCAGCUUGAAAAGCGGCAAGGGCUCCGUAAAGGGCAAGUUCCGCUUCGAGGAGAGCGACUUUAACUUUGAGGAGCAGAACAGCGCCACGGAGGACGUCUCGAUCCGCGCCGAGGACAUUGACACGGAUCAAAUCGUCACGGCAACCACCAGCGCUGCCAGCAACUCCGGCGACUAUUCUGCCGUCCACGCCGCCGGGUCCGGAGACCCGCAAGCAUCCUUUGCGGCACUCGGAGAGAGCUCGCCAUACGCGCCGGUGGACGCCCACUUCAUUCUCGCCAACCAACAGCAGGAACAGCCUACAUACUCCACGCUGGAAGCCCAUCAGCAACAGCAGCAGAUGCAUGGCCAGGCGAAUGGUGCUCAGCAGUAUUCCAACAUCCAACAGCAGUCGUCCAAGCAGCAGAUGGCCCAACAGUAUUCCACCGUCCGCCGUCAGCAGGCGCAGGAGGAACAGCCGCAGACACACCAGGACCACACGCAACAGCCACUGGCUCACAAACAGCCGUACGCCAGCGUGUCGCGAGGCAAUUGCUCCAGCGCCCGCCCAGUGCAAUCGCACGGCGUCACCCUGGUCGACGUUGAGGACGAGUCGCAGGAUGGGUCUCUCAUCCAGGAGGGCUUCGACAGCUUGGCCGUGGGGCGAGGGGCGGCGGCCGGAUCGAAGCGACUGGCAAAGUCGAUUUCCACCGCCAGCGCUCAGAGCGCGCAGUCGUUCUUGGUGGACGAUGUGCAGGCUGCUGGCAGCGAAGGUGUGCAGGUUUCGUCCAGUAACUAUGCCAACAUGCACAUGGAUCAAACUCAGGCUGCUGCGCUCAACCAAAUCGGAAACAACGCGUCCGCAAACAGUGCCGGCAUGCACGCCAACCAAACCCAGACCGCCACCCUCAGCCAAUCCAUGAACCAGGGCAGCCAUGCCGGUUUCCAGGCCGACGGACCGGAGGCGUACACGCAGCGCGAACAAGCGGCACGCCAGUACGCCAGCGUGUCGCGUGCCAAUCGCUCCAGCGCACGUCAACUGCAGCCACAGUGCGUCACCCUGGUCGACGUUGAAGGCGGCGAGGCACAGGACGCGUCGCUCAUCCAGCAGGGCUUUGACAGCCUCGCCGUUGAGCGUGGAUCGCCGGGAUCGAAGCGCCUGGCCAAGUCGGUAUCCACCACGAGCGCUCGCAGCACGCAGUCGUUCUUGGCUGACGAUCUGCAGGAUGCUGUCGCUGCCAACGACGGCGAUCUCCAGCCGGGAACUGUUAGUGGCACUGAUCACAUCGACGGCUUCCAGGCGGCGGCCAUCAGCAGCAGUGCUGCCGGCUUGCACACCAACGGAUCGCGCAAAGCCAAGUCCAGUCAGUCGUCGGUGCAAACUGCCGGCGCUGCAUUCAGCGCUGGCGGUGUGAGCGUCGACGGACCCCGCAGUGCCGUGUCCAUCCAAUCCUCGGUCCACGCUGCUGGCGCUUUCAAUGCCGGCAUGAGUCCUGACGGAUCCCGCAGAGCCGUGUCCAACCAAUCCUCGGUGCAAGCUGCCGGCGCGUUCAAUGCCGGCAUGAGUACUGACGGAUCCCGCAGAGCCGUGUCCAACCAAUCCUCGGUGCAAGCUGCCGGCGCGUUCAAUGCCGGCAUGAGCCCUGACGGAUCCCGCAGAGCCGCGUCCAAUCAGGCCUCGGUCCAGACUGCCGGCGCUUUCCAGGCGUCCGAGGCCGAUCUCAUUUCGCCGACGGAUAGCCUCGACGAGCUGGACGUCGUGGACUUGGAGGCGGAGGAGCGACAGCGGACGGCCUCCAAGCCAGGCGUACGUCCUCGCAUGGCGCUCCCCGGAACGGCCAGUGUUGGCCAGCACGUUGACUUCAGCUCGGCAAGCGAGACCGCACACGGCAGCAAGCGCCUCUCCAAGAAGAAGAGGAAGGCGCUGAAGAGCCAGUCGGGCAUUGGCAGUGUGCAGAUCAUGCGUCCCAUCACCAGCGCCCACAGCAUCCAGUCGUUCUUGCCCGACGACGACGACUGCGAAGACGGUUCGGCAGCGGUCGAAGGCCUCGCCGAGAACUAUGCCAACACGGCCGAGUUUGACCGGCGGUCACGACUGGCCCGCGCCAGCCGAGUGGAGUCCUACCAGCCCGACCUCGUCUCGCAGGUCGACAGCCUCGACUUUGGCGGCGAGGAGGCACAGAUCGUGGACGUAGAGGCCGACAUUGCCAUGGCCGUCUCCAGCAGCCGCUUUGCGUCCAGCGCCCACAUGGCCUCGCCGGCCCUCAACUGGGACGGAGGUGAAGAGGGCGAGAGCGGCGGACUAAAUCCGUCGUCGCCGCGCAGCAGAUGCGCCAGCACGCGCACCGUAUCCAAGAGCCACGCCGAGCAGACGGCUGUCGUCACGGAACUUGGCGACAAGGAGUACGAGCCGCUCACGCCCUACCAGCUGGCCGCGGCCGCCUCGGCGAACCGCGACAAGUCCGCCCACCGGUCGCGCGCCAAGCGUCUCGACGCGCGCAAGAGCCUGGACAACAUCAUUUAA